CAGACAUACAGAGGCACACUCCUGUUCCUAGGCUUUAACUAUUACAGAGUUUAUUUGGUCAGUUUUGUCUCAUGACAGCACCCCUACUGGUCUGAGUUAAACCUGUAAUUUGCUACCGUUCACAGGGCUGCAGCACUUCAGACCUCCGCUGCCGUGAAUCUGCAUCAUCUCCGUCUCUGAAGGCAGACAGCUUAAAUCAGCGGGGAUCCCAUGAUGAGACAAAAGUGAAAGCGUCGGGAUCCGUGCCACUCGUUUGUCUCUCGAAGCAGUUUUGGUGAUGGUGAACGAGUGUUUCCCGAGGACCUGAUAGAAGACUGGAUGUGGUUGUAACUAUGCUUACGUCAGGGUGGGGGGCGUGGGCCCUCUCCCCCUGUGGCCUUGUACUGGUCAUCUGUUCGUCUGUUUGUCUGUCGCAGCAGCCUCACAUCAAACCUGCAGACUGCAGUAGAAAGGAACAUCCUGUUGUCUCCUACCAAGCGUUAAGGCCGUGGGUGUCAGAGUUCUCCCGUCCAGGAGUGAAGGAUUUCUCCCAGCUGGCCCUGGACCUGAGCAGAAACCAGCUCAUCGUGGGAGCAAGAAACUUCAUCUUCAGACUGAGUUUGGGAAACGCCUCCCUCAUAGAGGCGACAGAAUGGGCUCCUGAUGAAGAUACAAGGCGCUCAUGUCAGAGCAAGGGCAAAUCUGAGGAGGAAUGUCAAAACUACAUCCGGGUUUUGUUGAUCAGUGGGCGGACGCUCUUCACAUGUGGGACCAAUGCUUUCACCCCCGUCUGUAUAACUAGGCAGAUUGGUAACAUCAGUCAGGUGUUGGACACAGUGAAUGGUGUUGCCCGAUGUCCCUAUGACCCACGCCACAACUCCACCGCCAUGGUAACAGAGAAGGGCGAGUUGUACGCUGCUACAGUGAUCGACUUCUCAGGGCGUGACCCAGUCAUCUACCGGAGCCUGGGGAACAUGCCGCCACUACGCAGUGCCCAGUACAACUCCAAGUGGCUGAAUGAGCCUCAUUUUGUGUCUGUUUAUGAGAUUGGUCGAUUUGCCUACUUCUUCUUGAGAGAAACUGCGGUAGAAAACGACUGUGGGAAGAUGGUGUUCUCUCGCGUGGCCCGGGUCUGUAAGAACGAUAUGGGCGGUCGUUUCCUGUUGGAGGACACCUGGACCACGUUCAUGAAGGCCCGACUCAACUGCUCCCGCUCAGGAGAAAUCCCCUUUUACUACAACGAGCUGCAGAGCACCUUUUACUUACCGGAGCAGGACCUGAUCUAUGGCAUCUUCACCACUAAUGUGAACAGCAUAUCAGCUUCAGCUGUCUGCGCCUUCAAUCUGAGCUCCAUCACCCAGGCGUUCAACGGACCUUUCCGCUACCAGGAGAACCCCCGCACCGCCUGGCUCUCCACCCCAAACCCCAUACCCAAUUUUCAGUGUGGCACGCUGGAGGAGGGAGGACCCGGGGGGAACCUGACGGAGCGCAGCCUCCAGGACGCCCAGCGACUCUUCCUGAUGAACGACGUGGUCCAGCCGGUGACCAUCAACCCUCUGCUCACCCAGGACAACCUGCGCUUCUCCAAACUGGUGGUGGACAUCGUGCAAGGCCGAGACACCCUCUACCAUGUCAUGUACAUCGGCACCGAAUAUGGCACCAUCCUGAAGGCUCUCUCCACAACCAAUAAAAGCCUCCAUGGCUGCUACCUGGAGGAGCUCAGGAUCCUCCCUGAAGGGCAAAUCGGGCCAAUCAAGAGCCUGCAAAUCCUCCAAAGUGACAGGUCCUUGUUUGUGGGACUUGAUGACAGAUUGGUGAAGAUCCCAUUAGAGCGAUGCUCCAGCUAUCCCUCCGAACGUUACUGCAUGGAAGCUCGGGACCCCUACUGUGGCUGGGAUCACAAACAGAAGCGCUGCACCACCAUCGAGGAGAGCUCCAACAUGAACCAGUGGACCCAAAACAUCACAGAGUGCCCAAUGAGGAACCUAACGCAGGAUGGUGGUUUUGGACCUUGGGCACCGUGGCAGCCCUGUAACCACGAUGACGGCGAGGGCUCCAUCAGCAGCUGUGCGUGUCGCUCCCGCUCAUGUGACGGACCGGCGGCCCGCUGUGGUGGCGUCGAAUGCAAGGGCCCCACCAUCCAGGUGGCAAACUGUUCUAGGAACGGCGGCUGGACUCCCUGGUCCUCAUGGGGCCAGUGCAGCAGCACUUGUGGCAUCGGAUUUGAAGUGAGGCAGCGGUCCUGCAACAACCCCUCGCCUCGCCACGGCGGUCGAAUUUGUGUCGGCCAGGGUCGAGAGGAGAGGCUGUGCAAUGAGAAAAAGCCUUGUCCCCUGCCAGUGUUGUGGACAGCGUGGAGCCCCUGGGCUCACUGCAGUGCUGAAUGUGGAGGUGGGGUCCACUCCAGGACCAGAACCUGUGAGAACGGAAACACUUGUCCUGGAUGUGCCACGGAGUAUAAGGUCUGUAACCUGGAGGCUUGCCCUGAAGUACGCCGCAACACCCCCUGGACUCCCUGGAUGCCAGUCAAUGUCAGUCAUGAUGGGUCACGACAAGAGCAGAGAUUCAGGUACACCUGCCGGGCGCUGCUACCCGACCCCCAGCAGCUCCAGCUGGGCAAGAAGAAGAUGGAGACCCGGUUCUGUCCCAAUGACGGGUCUGGAGCCUGUCAGACCGACUCCCUGGUUGAAGACUUGGUGAAGACUAGUGGCCGAACUCUGACCCAGCCCCAAGGUGCUCGCUGGGCAUCCUGGGAAACGUGGUCCAGCUGUUCACAGCAGUGUUCCAGAGGCUUCCGAACCCGGAAACGUAGCUGCUCGACGGCGGAGGGCAGGACCAACCCAAACGCCUGCGUAGGAUCCCCUGUGGAGUAUCAGGACUGCAACACUCAACCCUGUCCAGUGAGUGGGGCCUGGUCUUGCUGGUCCUCCUGGUCCCAGUGCUCGUCCAGCUGUGGGGGCGGACACUACCAGCGGACUCGGACGUGUAGCAACCCACCCCCUGCCAAUGGAGGAGACAUCUGUAUAGGCCUGCACACCGAAGAGGCCCUCUGCAACACACACGCUUGUGAAGGUUGGGGUGGGUGGACGGAGUGGGGGGAUUGUGAUGACGAGGGUCUGCAGCAUCGCACUCGACGCUGUGGCGAGGAACAGGAGGCUGAGGCCAGUCCCUGCCAGGGCAACCUCACCCAGUCCAGGCCAUGCCAGCCCCAUGAGGUGCCAGUCAUUCUACCUGGACAGGAGGAACACAGCUGUGGAUCCUUCACCUUGUUCCAGUUGGUAGCGGUGGGCCUAGCUAGUUUCUUUGCUGCAGCGUUACUGUCGGCGCUGGCCUACACCUACUGCCACCACCUGAACCGGCCGUCGGCGGAGUCAGCAGUCAUCCACCCCAGUACACCCAACCACCUCACCUACAACAAGCAGGGCAACACCGCGCCAAAGAAUGAGAAGUACAUCCCCAUGGAGUUUAAGACGCUAAACAAGAACAAUCUCCACGUGAACGACGAGACGUGCAACCACUUCUCCUCCCCUCUGCCCUCCAGCAAUAUGUUCACCACCACCUACUAUCCUCCCAGCCUGAGCAAGUACGACUUCCAUCCAGACUCUCCCUGCAGGACCUACAUGCACAGCUGAGAGGAGGCAAGGCUCUAACACUACCACAAACACCAACCUGAAGGGUUUCCUCAUUCAAAACAAAUACAACCAAGAUUAUGAUAGAUUGUCCUGUUGGUCGAGAAAGUCUUAAACACCAAAAUCAUGUUCUAAUGUUCCAGUAAGUUGUUUUGAUCUGUGUAUUCCUCAUUAUUUCUUCAAUACAGAGUAGUUUCAAUCUUUAAAUUCUGUGACAACCACAGUGAAAUCCCAUUGUAUUUAGGUGUGAGAGGCACGUACCACUGCAUUAUGUGCAGUUUUUAAGUUGCUGCAUGUGUGCAGAGGACAGUAUGAGAUGGUUCAGAGCAUGGUACAGUGGACAAGUAAUUAAUAAAUGAAAGGAAUAGUUUGACAUUUUGGGAAAUACACUUUAUUUCUGAAUGUUAGAUUAGCAGAUACAACUCUCAUUUUGCCCGUUAAAUAUCACAUUGGAGCCAGGAGAUGGUUAGCUUAGCUUAGCAUAGCAUAAACACUGGAAGAGAGGGGAAACAGCUAGCCUGAAUUCAAAAACACACACAUACCAACACCUCUAAUGCUACUAACUAACAAGUUGCAUCUCAUUUUUAAUGGAUUAAACAAAUGAGGUACGGGUUUUAAAAGUGUUUUUUAAAAAGUGGCAAAAGUGGCAGUGUGGACAGAGCCAGGUUUCCCCCUGCUUCCAGUCUACGUGCAAAGCUAAAUAGCCAGCUACGUCCUGAAUGCAACUCUGUACUUAACGCACAGACAUGAGAUUGAUAUCGAUGCUUAUGUUUUCUUUUCACUCCCUGGAACAAAGCAAAUAAGCAUAUCACCCAAAAUAUCCUAUUUCUUGAAGGGCUUUGCACAUUUACCAACCUACUGCCGCCCUCCCCUCCUCAAGGAGGAACCAUGCUCUCAAACACCCACUUACAACUGAAACCUCCUCUCACUUCACCCACCCUGAGGUGCUCCACUUGUGCUCAGGGCAGUGUGAAAGCAGGGUAGGACCCCGAGGUCCAGGGCUUCAGCUAAACUUCAGACACUGUACGUACCUGGAUUUCCACUGGACUGAGAAGAGACUCAUCUGCUGGUUAUGUAUUUUAUGCAUUUUUGGCAGGUGAGCUCAGAGGACUUAGUAAUACUGUAUAUGGACUAUAUAGGCAGCUUGGACACUUGCUAAGUGUCGGUUGCCUCAGUAAAGACUGAUAUCUGUAAAAAAACAAAACAAAAAAAAAACAGACAAACUAUCUGUUCUACAAAACAUCCCGACAUCAUUCUUCACUGCGUGUGAAUGGAGGGAACAAAUGAACAGAGACUUGCAGAUUUCUGGCUUAUUUGCUUUAAUUUUAAUGUUUAGCAGCGUCCACAGCAGAAAACACUGAAGAGGACGUCUUUGACCAGCCUCACUAUGUACUGUACAUCACUGCAGUCUGCUGACUUUUCUGUCAGUAGAUUAGAUGAAUUGUUUUAGGGGUGUUGUAUCUAUCUCCUGAAAAAAAAAAAAAAAAGAUUGAUUUUCUACUAUAUAAGGGGCAUUUUUUGAUUUUUGUCACCCACUCCUGUUUUCUGGAUUGUAAUGCAUUAAGGUUAUUGCUCAACAACUCACCAAAUAAAAUACAGCUAUACCUGUACAUUUCAGAGCCCCUCACAAGCGCAUGAACACAUCAUAAAUCAGCCACAGGCUUUUCAACAAAAAGGUAAAAGGUAAAACUUUGGCAAAAGUAACACAACAAUAUGUAUAACUGUGAUGGAUUAACUUGCUCAAGCAGGUUUCAAGUCUUUAUAUCUUGUUUUUUCAUGGUGUACUGAACUGAGUGGAAAACACUGACUAGUACAAGUACAAGACUUGUAUGUAGACAAUGUUCUGCAGAAUUUUAAUUAAGUUAUAACUUUGAAAUUUGUUUUGAUAAAACAUGCUAAACACUGGUUUGAUGUAAGGCAAGGCAAAAGCGAUUUUCAUGGACUAUAACUAUUUUUUCUCUUAUUCUUCUGAAUACAACUAAUAGUGAGAACAUUUGGAGAAAAAAAACACAUUCCUUGACCUUGCAUGAUUUUCCUCCCACAAUCCAAAAUCAUACAAUUUCUAUGAAGUGGAUAUUCUAAAUUGUCCAUAGAUGUGAAUGUGAGUGUGCAUGGUUGUUUGUCUGUAUGUGAAUUUUCAAGCAUGUGAGGUUUGAGAUCAGACACUCACCUCCUGGAUGAAGUGUGACAUUUAUCAGACACUUAUAUAAAAAUGUUUCUCACUUUUCUGCCGCUUAUUUCAACAAACUGUGGAUUGUGUGUUACAUGAUCCCUGUGAUAUACAAACACAUCAUUUCCAAGAAGUUUCCUGGAAAAAAAAACUGUAUACAUUCGUACGGAUUGCAGGGGGAAACAGGAGCGUCAUUGAUAGUGUUGCUCCAUUUAAAACCAAGAAGAUAUUCAUGUGUCCUUUAUUAUUGGAAACAUUAUUCUCUAUAUAUGUUGUUAUUCAUACAUGGUGAAUAUGCAUGCCUGUAAACACGUUCAGCUGACUCGCUGUACACCGACGUAAGACUGGAAAUUUAAUUGGAAUUAAUCAACUGGAAGUUUAGCGAUUGAGCUGUCUCUGUUUUCCCUGUAAUAAGUACCGAUGUUUGCAGGAAGCGUCGCUGAAAUUAUUAAAAGAAUCACUCUGACAUUACAGACAUGUAAAAUAAAACAUUUUCACAAGUUGUACUGCUGAAAAAAUAAACAAAUCAUAAGGCUAUGAAAGACACAAUAUGUAGUGUUUAAAGAUUUUAGCCACUUCUGCUGGUAAGAUGAAAAAUAUACACUCACCCCGCCCCCUACAUUCAUGAAUCUGACAUUUUCUGGGAUUUCUCAUUAUUCUACAAACAAAACUGUAAACCACCAGGAUAAUAUCUGACUAAAGUCACAGACAAAUAUACACAUAGGUGCUUUAAAUAAUGUUAAACCUUUAAAACAUGUUCAAAUAUUCACCAUCUGAGUUUUCUUCUUCUCUCCAUGACGACAUUGUUGAUAUUUAAGUUCAUCUGUGCUGUGAAAUGUAUCUUGCAUACAGUAUCUUGCUUCUGAAUUGUAAAUACCACGAAAUGAAUUCAGGUGUCAACAUUUGCAGUGUUAUGUAGCAUGAGACAAACAGCCCUGAUAAUGUGUGUGUUUAAGUUUCGGUGCUUGCGUACAAAUAACAGCAUGCACUGAUACAUGAAUAUACAAAACAUGUUUGUGUAAACUGUACAGAUAUGUUUGUUUGUAUUUGGCCAAGACAAUGGAAACACUCAUUUUUAGACGUUUGUGUUUUGCCUUUGUUGUGAAAUCUGAUAUCAGCAAAUCCUCACAAUUUGUUGAUUGAUCCCUAAAUGGAAAUUUGUUUUGCUCCCAAAAACACUUCUGCUGAUUAUGAUCGGUGUGAAUAUGACUAAUCACUGCCUUUUGGACACUGUGAACUUUUGGUACUCUAUAUUUUUGUAUAAUGCACACUGUAAAAAAAAAAAUCAAGAUGAAUAAAUCAAUUUUGGUGCCAAUA